CUGUCCACAGCAAUCACAAUUGAAAUGCAAGAAAGUGUCCAAUCCAUGUGAACGCUAUCUCUCGAAAAAACACAUUGCUUUUUCAUUGUGCUUUUGCUGUGUAGAUGCUCUCUUUCGAAAACGGUUCUCCGGAGGAUCUAUUCCUAAAAAGCUUCUCCUGAAAGAAGCUUGCAGUCUAGACGUAUUUUAUCUUUAACCUUAACAAAACAUCAGGCUCAGAAGAGAUGGAAUGAAAGGCCUGGAUUUUUCUCAUUCCAGGGUGGAGUUCAGAGUUCAAAAUACUUGUUUAUGUUUCCAAAUGAGGUCAGCUGCCCUUCUUUGUGUGAGGCAGCAAAGGUCUAAGCAUUGGCCCAGCAAGGAACCAGGCACAAUGAGCCAUCCUUGCGGUGACUAUAUGGUGCUGGCUCAUAGGGAGGCAGGCAGGGGUUAGCAGAAGAAAAAUUAAGGAGUGUUGGGAUGAAAGAACGGGCGGCAUCCUAGCUCUUGUCCCACAUCAGCUGGGAUAGGCCACUCUGGUGUAUUACACAAAUGGUAAAAUCCCUGUAGGGCUGGAACCUCGUCUUUUCCUCUAUUUUGUAGGCAGCUGCUGAGAACACUGAGGAUGCUCACUGAAGACCUAGAGGUGGAAAAUCAGCUAGCACGUGUGUUGGCCUAGGAAGCCUUCACCUCAUCCCUGAAAAGGGGUGUGGUGGGACACGGUUGCAGAUUUGCCACUGAUAGAGAACUCUGGGGUGGUCUGUUUUCCCGUGGUAGCUGUGUUUGACCAUGCUGCCGACUGCAGUGUUCUGCUACAGACCAAUGAUAUUCCACUGCUACCUAGCCUCAGGCCGGUGGAAGAGAUGUGGCUAGAACAGGGGUUCUCAAUGUUCAGUGCAUGGCAACCCCCUUCUGGAACAAAAAUAGCGACAUGACCUCAGGAGGAAGAAAUGAAACCUUAACCCUGCUGCCUCAGGCACUACAUGGAUGAGUGAGAUUGUGGACAUGAUUCUGAAUGACGGAGAUCCUGAGAAAUGCAAGCGGGAUGCAAUUUUCAACAAAGUGCCCAUGUUGGAAUUUGCUGUUCCUGGAAAGAUGCCACCAGGUACAGAGCAACUAGACAAGCAGCCAUCUCCUCGCUUAGUGAAAACCCACUUGCCAGUCCACCUCCUUCCAACGUCCUUCUGGGAAAAUGACUGCAAGAUGAUCUACGUUGCCCGAAAUGCCAAAGAUGUAGCUGUCUCCUACUACCAUUUUGGCCGAAUGAUCAAGCUGAAUCCAGACCCUGGCACAUGGGAGCAAUUUAUUGAGAACUACAUUGCAGGAAGAGUUGCGUAUGGGUCCUGGUACGAGCAUGUGAAAUGCUGGUGGGAGAAGAGAAAGGAUCAUCCCAUCUUGUACCUGUUCUAUGAGGACAUGAAAGAGGAUCCAAAGCGUGAAAUCCGCAAGGUGAUGAUGUUCCUGGGGAAGGAUUUGAAGGAGGAGGUUCUCGACAGGAUUGUCUCUCACACUUCAUUUGAAAUGAUGAAAGAGAAUCCCAUCACAAAUUAUAAGAUGAUUCCAAGUGAUGUAAUGGACCACAGCAUCUCCCCUUUUAUGCGCAAGGGGAUUGCUGGGGACUGGAAGAAUCACUUUACUGUGGCCCAGAAUGAGAGAUUCAAUGAAGAUUAUGAAAGGAAAAUGUCUGGAACUACACUGCAGUUCCGAACAGAAAUCUGAAGGAUCCUGGCAUGUCUCUACGUGCUGUAAUUUUAAUACAUUCAUUGCUGUGA